CAUGAGAUUAUUGAUUUUAAUAAUUGGACUAACCGCUGUCCAAUCAAGGGACUGCAACCUGGACUUGUCAAGUAUAACAUCGUUAACAUCACCAGUAUACCUAGUGGAAGCUUUAAAAACUUACAAAAAUUGGAAGAUCUUCAAAUUGGAUCGAGUACGAUAGGAUACAUCGAGGAUGGGGCUUUUAAAGGGAUGUUCCGUCUACAAGGAAUGCAAAUUUACGACACUGAAGUGAUACGCUUCCCCAAAGAUUCCUUUAUUGACAUGAGCGCUUUGCUUACAGUGGACUUUGAUGAUAACAAGCUGGAGGAAAUUGAAGAAGGCGCCUUUGACAAUUCUCCAAAUUUGAACAGACUGCUCAUAUGUCGUAACAAAUUUGAAGAGCUUCCAAAAAAGCUCUUCGCAAAAUUGUUGUCCUUGGAAACCAUUGACCUCACUGGGAACGAAUUGAAUGCAUUGCACGAUGACGCAUUUAAAGGAUUGACCAAGCUCAAAACCCUCCACCUGGGAGGCAACCGCUUGGACAAAUUACCCGCGGGACUCUUCCACGAGGUAAGUUCUCUAACCGAAUUGCAUUUGGAAAGUAACAGAUUAACUGGAAUACCCGAUGGUCUACUGGCAAGCUUGAAGAAUCUUGAGAAGAUCUACCUCUUCAAGAAUAAAAUUGAAGGUUUGCCGGGGAGUCUCUUCAAGCAUAAUUUAGCGAUAAAAACCAUCGAACUUUCUGAUAAUCAGCUGAGGGAACUGGAUGGUAAUACGUUUUCAGGUCUCCCCUACCUCAAACAGGUUACAUUAGCAAGAAACCAGCUUACGUCACUACCAGAUGGCGUCUUUUCGGGAUUGCCAAGGCUCGUAGAGCUCGAUUUUGCUGCAAACAGAAUCGAGACCAUCACCUCUGGUGUGUUUUUGGGUGUAAACUCACUGAAAGAGGUUUCAUUCAGUGCAAAUAACUUAAGCAAGAUUGAACCUUCAUCUUUGGAUGGACUGACUCAGCUCGUCGCCCUAAAUCUCGGGAAAAAUAAACUCGAGUCGCUUCCUCGUGGAGUUUUUGACAGAAACGCAAAACUGGAGUUUCUAGACCUCAGCAGGAAUGAGAUAGCUGAACUGAGCGAGGGGAUUUUUGACAGCUUGACCAACUUGAGAAAAUUGUAUUUGCAACGGAACCAAAUCAGAAGCCUACAACCCCGUAUCUUCCAGGGGUUAAAGCGGAUCGAGUUUCUGUCAAUCAACGAAAAUAAGCUGCACAGCAUUACUGCAAAGAUGUUCGAGGGUUUCCCUUUGGACAACCUCUUCAUUUCAAAAAAUCCGAUUAACCACAUAAACUGCGAGGCGUUUCAAGAUCUAUCAUCGCUCAAGUCGUUCGAAAUGGAAGACCUCCGGGUCAACGAUUUCCCAUCCAGAUGCUUUUCCAGUUUGGUGAACGUGACCUACUUCGGAAUUGAGGGGUCAGGGGUAAGCGCGCUGAAGAAAGAGAGUUUCUUUGGAAUGGAGAAUUUGAGGUCUCUCCACUUGGUCGGCAACAACAUUUCGCGCAUAGAAGAUGGCGCUUUUAAAGGACUGGCAGGGUUACAAGCGCUGUCUUUGCACAAAAACCGCCUGUCGGAAAUUAAGCGGGAUAUGUUCGCCGGUCUGGACAAGCUUGAUACGCUCGUUCUAACUGGGAACAAUAUUUCCACGAUUGACAGUGAUGCAUUUGAUCUACUUCCUAAUUUGCGAUUCCUUAGCCUUCCCAUACUGAAAGGGGUGCGCUUGGAAGGUCAAAAUGCAACUGGUGCAGUAAUUGAAGUUUUUAGGAACUUUUCUAUUAAUCCACCUUCAAACGUUGAUUGGAAGAUGCUAUGCAAAAUAGAUUCCAAUAAAAAACGAUACCUGGUUUGCUGAAUGGUCUUGAAUGUGUCAAUGGUGUUUCAGAGGGAUUUUCUAGUAAGAUGAAUCUAUAAACAAAGUCUCUACAACCUGUUUGAACAAACCCAAAGUUUUGUGCGUCGCGUGUCGACUAUGUGACUAGUUUCCGUUCGGAAUUAGUGUUUUUUUGUGAUUUAUUGCGAUUUGUAACUCGCAAACUGUAAGUAAUAUUAAAAUUUCUGUUUAAAUUGUAAUCGAACGUAUAUGCGGGGUUUGUUUAUUAGUAGUCCCAUUUUGUUAAAUAUUUAAU